UUUUAACCUGACCGUAGCUGUAAGGUUAUGUGUUCAUUGCUUCGUGCGAUAGUGAAAGAUUAUUUCGGACAAUGGCCAACGAUCACGGAAACGACGAAAGAGGUAAAAAACGAAAGAGGAAACGAUCUCAAAUUCAGAUGGCAAAAAAGUUGGCACGGCAACGAAAUCAUGGGUCCGACGUAGACUCCGAGACUUACCAGUACAUGGUGCACAUCCUGGAGUUAAUGAAAGGCGAUUUCUCUACCACCGAAGAAAAAUUGAUAUUUGUGAAUAACGUGUACGAACAAACUCUUGGUCGCGAAGUCGAAUAUGCCCGGAAUCAGGUUGGUUCCAGGAUACUGGACUCGCUUUUAAAGUACGCGAGGUUAGAAACGAUUGAGAGGUUAGUCGCUGCUUUCAAAUCUACUUUACGACCUCUCAGUAGCGACACGUUCGCUAGCCAUGUUUUGCAAAAGAUCAUAGUAGUUUGCGCCGAUAGAGGAAACAAAACGACGAUUUCGGGAUCGUGCAUCGAACGAGAUGCAGAUAUCAAUAUAGAGGUUAAAGAUUCGGAAAUAGAAUCUUACAACGGCAUCGUGUUGAAACUAAGCAAAUAUUUUAUCAACAAUAUAGAGGAGUUUGUAUUCGAUACGUAUGCUAAUCAUGUUUUGAGAACUGUCAUAGAAUGUCUCGGCGGGCUGAUUGACAAGUCUGACAGUAGUAGCGAUAAAAAAAAGGUGAUAUUUGGCGAAAGACGAUCGGUCAUACAAGAGUACAAAGACUUAUUAUUCGAAACGUGCAACAGAUUAUACAGGUGGCCCCGGUUUCUAGAAUUUGGUCAAGACGAACUUACAUCUGGAUUAUUGCAAAGCGUCUUAUAUUCUUUGAACGGUACGUUUCCGGAAUUGAUGGAAACGUACAUUAAAAAAAUUACGACAGAAUGUUUCAAGCCUGGAAAGGAGGAGCAGGAACCGUCCAACAUUUUUCACGCAGAAAGUAAUUUGAAACGGUUAUCGUCGAUGCGGAGCACAAAUUUCAGCGUACAGCGAUUAUUCGAUCACUGUACCGCUAAGGAACAUUUCGAACAAUUAUUCGAAGAAAUUCACACGCAUUUCACCGAACUCCUCGACACGGGUCAUACCGGUGUUUUGGUUAGCGUGGCGAAUGCAUGUUUGAGACUGCAAACGAAACAAGGUGCGUUUGUAACUGAUCUGUUGAAAGUUCUAGGGUGUGAAACAAACGAGAGACAGCAUCGAAUCGUGGCGUGUGUAGUAAGCCUAAGAACGUUCGAACAUUGGGAAAAUUCAGAAGGGAGAAAGGAAAACGAUUUGAAACGUUCGAUCAGCUUACACGGAAGUUUGAUCGUACAGGACAUUCUUAGGUUUAACAAACCCAUAAAAAUGGUUAAUUCUUUGUUGGAAACAGACGUGGAGGAACUAGCGCAAAUAUUUGAAGAUCCGAAAGGCAGCCGCAUCGUAGACGCUUUUAUGGACAGCAAAUACAUCGGCGAGAAAAGCAGGGAGAAGCUUGCGAAGAAAUUGAAAGGACACUGGGCGCAAUUAGCUCGCAGUACACACGGUUCCAGAAGCUUGGACAGAAUAUGGGAAUGGGCGCGUAUAAAUCAGAGAACAUUGAUCGUGGAAGAGUUAGCAGCAGUCGGAGAAUCUUUACGUUCGACCAAAUCCGGACAAAUCAUGUCUAACAAACUAAACGUUCCGCUAUUUACGAGAAACAAGAAAGAUUGGAUGGAAGCGUUAGGAAAGGAAGAAAAGACCAGAUCCCUUUUUGUAGAUAUAAUUGGGAAUACAGCGAAAAAAGGGAAAUAACGUUUUUCUAUGAAAUUGUCGCGACACUCGACAACAAAUACCGCCACUCGACACUAACUUCGAUCGGACGACGGUAGCGCUGUGGUUAGCGUCUUAGGUUACGAACGUUCGGGACCCGGGAUCGGA